CACAAUAUCACCUUCUAUGGCGCCUAGCCGAUGCAUGCCAAAUGACGAUGACUGCGCCUUCUAUUUCUUUCGAUCCAACUUGGGCAAUUACAAUACUACUUCCAACAUUACUCAAUGGCUCGAUGUCCAAUGUGGGCUCCCAGUAGACUUUCCCAAGCCUUGUAUUAUACAAGGGGGCCCUGCACAGCUGCUUUACUUUCCGGUCUCUGAAAGUAAUCGAGAAAUCUGUCCCACCACGAGCGCAGCAUUACUGCAGCAGCUUCCACAAAACGCGGCGGCGAACAACGCUCCUCCCAUCACGACCCUAGGCCGCACCUUCUCUGCUGGGUCGGCCUACAUCUCGUUCGAAACGUUAUAUGCCGGGUUUAGAAGUCAUGAUGUACCUGGCGGCGAGGCCGUACAGAUCGGACCAACAUUCAGUAACGCCGUCUUCGAAUUUCGCUCCGACGAGAUUUCCACAAAUUGCUUUGCAACCAUCGACCCUGUCGCGACCACCACCGCAGGCUACGGGCUUGGGACGCAACUCAAUUUCGCUGACCUUAACCUGCCUGUUGCAGCAUCAGCGUACAAAUGUCAAAAUCAAUGUCGAUCUUGUACACCGUUUGUCCGUUCCACCGUUUGCUCAGCAAUAAAUGUUUGCACGACAAUCUGGGACAACUUCAACCCCCUACUCGCUGUGCCGACACGUCUCCGUGAGAUUGUCCCGGAGUGGUCCACCUGCUCAUUUUGGGACGACCGUAUCGCAAAUAUCAUAUUUGAUCCUCCAAUCGCUUUGCAAGUUGCAGAUGCUCCAGCACAGGCCACUUUGCCUUCAUGGUUGAUGACUGCUAUGUCUGCUCGUCCGGCGUCAGUCUCGGCGACACCGACGACGACAGCACUUCAGGAAACUCUUGAUACGGUACAGUCGUGGUCUUUAACUGGUAGUCAAAGGCUCCCUAUCCAACCAACUACAGCAGUCUCGUCGAUACCGAGCGCCACAUCUACCACAACAUAUUCAUCUAAUAGACGGACCGGAGCUUCUGAAAAUCCGACGUCAAGUUUAACGACACCGAAUACAACUUCGCCCUUCAACAAUGCGGCCAUUGGCAGCAGCUCGAAGCUCCGAGAGAUCGGUUGGACUUAUGCAUAUGUGGCUGUCUUGUUCUUCGGAACGCUGCUUGGUAGCUUGCUUGAGCAAUUUGAUGCGUGAUGAAUUAUUGAUCAGGUUGAAUGUAGACAUGGUUCAAUCAUGACGAAGGAUUUAGAGCGAGAUCGUUAGAUUAGAAAAUAAAUGUGUCGUCAUUGCCAUUUUAAUGUCCUUGCGAGGCUAUGCUCGAAGUC